GAAUAACUUUGGUAAUUUCACCUCUUGUGUCGCUAAUGGAAGACCAGCUAUUUGCUUUAAAAGCUUUGAAUGUUAAUGCUGCCAUGAUGAGUGCAUCAGCUACCCGGGAAGAAGUCAAUUCAAUUCAACAGGCAAUGGUUGAUAAAAAUUCAAAAUUGAAAAUGAUUUAUGUGACUCCUGAAAAGUUGGCUAAGAGCAAACGUUUCAUGACAAAACUUCAGAAAAUGUAUGAACUAAAGCGGCUGUCGUUAAUGGCUAUUGAUGAAGUGCAUUGCUGCUCCCAGUGGGGUCAUGAUUUUCGCCCAGGAAUCACUUCUGCUAACAUGGAGAAUGAUAAUUUACAUACACACAUACAUCAAUAGAAAACUUAUGUUAAUGUCCAGAAGCAAAACAAAGGCAUUUGCUCAAAGGAUCAGGGAAAGUGGACGAAAACCUGAGAUGGGAGUCAUUGACCCAGAAGCUGAGGUACAAUACUUGGUACAGAUUAUUUAGAAUUAUACAUUUACAUAGAUGGGAUUUGCUUUUUAUUCAUACAAUUGUAUUUUUUUAUAUAAAAGUCUUGAACUGUAGGAUGUGUUUCCCCUGAAUAUUAUGUCAUAUCUCAGGGAAGAAUGAACAUUCAUGAAAUAUAUACAACGAGCAGUAUGAGGGCUGACUGAAUUUGAAUGAAUUCUGAUCGCAUAGUAUUAUGAACUUAGGUAAUUUUGUGUACAUUUCAUUUG